AUGCAACCCGGAAGCAUUCUCCAAAACUACACUGGUCCCAUGCCAGACUACGGCGGGACGCCCAAUCCACGCAGCAAGCCCACAGUCCCAAUGAAUCGACGUCGCUCCUCCAGCACCAUCAAAGCGAUCCCCCGACGCGGCCAAACGCUCGCGGAUGAUCUCGCCGAUUUCUCCAGUUUUGGGAAUUCUUCUGCAUCCAGUGCAUCGCCUUCACCUUCUUCUUCCGACGAUGAAUUCGAAGACCAAGUACAAAGCAGAAAUAUCCCCGAGACACCCCUCCAAGCGAAAGCGCGUCAGCAAACCGAGCGACUGCUCGAAAGGCACAAUAAGUAUAUCAAAGAUCACAACGUGCGCACGGAUGUUCCAUUCCAAGCCCCCGCCCCAGCCCCAGGAAAGACUCCCGCACCCGCACCCGCCCCGCUCUCCAAAGCCCAAAAACGAUUUUCCCAAACCGGGAAUGCGAAAGCCGCGCAGCCAUCUUCAGCCGUGCCUCUAUCCAAAGCUCAGAAACGAGCUUCGCAGCCCGAAAACACGGGAGGCAAGGCGAAGUCCUCAUUGGAAGAAUUUAUAUCCAACGCUGAGAGACGAGUUUUCCAGACCGAGGACAGCGGAGGCAAGACAAAGGCAUCUCCAGCAGUCCCUCUAUCCAAAGCUCAGAAACGAGCUUCGAAGCCCGAAAACACUGGAGGCAAGGCAAAGUCAUAUCAGCAACCUCCGCGAUCUGUCUCUAUGGGCGGCCGAUACAUGCCCGUGGAUGAAGCAGAAAUGGCACCGCGUCGUGUGCCUGCUCCCGUGCAAACGGUAAAGCCGCCUCCGCUCUCUGAUGGGCUCUUUGCGACCAUCUCGCGAGAAUAUGGGUGGGAUUGGUUGUGGUGGCUCAUCGUCCCGCUUGUUCUUCUUGUUCUUGCAUUUUAUGCAAGUCGGUGGGCGCAAGAAAAUGAGCUUGCUAUCGAGGCGAUGAAAAUGAAUGUUGAGGAAGCGAAGAAGGGCAGGUUUAAGGUUAAGGCCGAGAGAGCGAAUGGGGAAGCGGUGGUUGAGAUUGUCUCUGCUAUCAGUGAUGUUGCGAAGAUAUCAUUGGAUGAGAAUGGAACUCUUGGGAAAUUAACCGAUAGUCCCUUUAAUCAAGCCGUCCUACCUAUUGAAGCACUCCGAAAAGAAGUUGUGGAAGCCGAAGGAAAAAAGUCUCAACCUCUCCUCUGGAAUAUCGAUAAGUUUGUCGACAAGAAUCGAGAAGUAGAUCACGCGUGGCGUUCUUUCCUUGAACAACAAAUUGAAGCGACUGCGGAACUUACAGGUAUAUUUGAUGGGUAUGCUAUGAACGCUGGUUUUGAAGAAGACCAUCCAAACUGGAUAAGAGCUGCUCAUAACAUCACACAUCACGACUUCACUGACAUUCCACAAAAGACAUAUCGUGAAGGCGAACAAAUUCUCUGUCAAAUACUCGGAAAGAAAGAAGGGCCCAAUUGUCCUACGAUCGGUAAAAUGUUGAUAGAUGUUUACAAUGAUCUCAAGCAAGGACUUGAAAAGCCCGGUAUCAAGGUUCCACCAAAUACAUUCGAGACAUAUUCAGCAGCGACAACUAACAUAGCCAAAGCCAUCAAGUCAGUACUUAAGGGAUGGGAGAAGGCAGCGGACAGAAUCGAGGCAGCAAGACUAUUAUAUAAAGAUGAACAUGCUAUAGGAAAUGUAGAGAGGGUGGAUGAAUCAUUGGAUAAGACCUCAAAAGCUCUAAACGAUGCAAUGUGGAGCUCACUGGUAGAGCGAAUAGGAAGUCCAGAGUAUCCAACAGCCGUCAGAAGACUAGCAGAGGCGAAAGUUUGGAUAAAAAAGUUACAAUGA